AGAGAGAGAGAGAGUAUAAUGGAAGCUUGGCAUAGGCUAGUGAAACAACAGGAACUUCAGGGGUGGGUGUGGGGGAGCAAAAGCCUGAUGUGGGUUUGCAUGGGGGUGGCACUGAUAUGCCUUUGCACCACCACAAAGAGGAGGGUGGUGGCAACAAACAGUAGAGAAGAAAUAGAAGAGAAAAUGGAGGGGGGACGAGCAUUUGGAUGGGGGAUGCUAAAAAGGGUGUUGUUUAGGUGGGGUGGCAGUAGAGGAAGAGGGGGGCCGCAGGCACAACCUCCCCUUCUCGAGAAAGGUGGUGAGCUUCAACAGAAGGUUGGCAACACAAUCUCGCCUGUAUGGCAGCGACCCAUUUUGAUGGGGGAGAAGUGUGAGCUUCCGACAUUUAGUGGACUCAUCCUCUACGAUGAGCGCGGCUUCCCCCUCCCACACUACAAAGAGACCAUCGGCCAAGAGAAACCUGCUGGUGCGACGACAUUGAGGGACCUUCUGUAAAUAACCCUUGAUCUCUUGAUGGCAUGAUCAGCAAUCGGACUUCGGACUAUCAGGCUUUUAAGGAUUCUCUUCUUCUUUGUCCUUUUGAGUGUAAUGCCGUCGAGCAACUAUUAGAUUUUAACUAAAUGGUUUCCUACUAUUGGAGCAGUUCUAAAACAUUAUUUGAACAUUUUGAUGCACUUUAGUGCAUCAGACAUCACAGCAUGAUGAGAACACUUGAUAUC